GGGCUGCUCGUUGGGUUUCUCGUUUGUGUCUAUGUCGGUGUUGUUUUGGAGGAACUCUAUUCGUCAAUCGUGUCUUUGCUCUUGGCGAAUAUGAAGUCACUAUAGAAUCAGUGGUAGAGGUGGGAGGUUUCUGCCGUGCCCAUUUGCGGAAUUGUGCGGUUAGUUUCAGUGGAGUGGGAUCUCAUAAAGGUUUUGAAGAUUUUGUCUUUAUUUGAGGUCGGUCCAUGCUGUUGCGGAAAGUUGCAUCGUCGAAUAUGCAUUCACAAGAUGGUGACCAGAGUGCAAUCGAUAUUUUGAGGAUAUAGUUUCAUAGCCACGAAAUUGACUCGAUUCGUUUUGCGCGCUCUGUUGUAGAGCUGAUCCGAUCGGAUAGUUUUUAAGUUCCUUGAACUCUACUCUUCGGCUGUUAGAGAGUAGUGACGGUGGUACAGAUAUGGAACUAGGCUUUGAUAGGCACUCGUCAAUCUGAAGCUUUGAGUUCUCUCUUGGGGGUAUUCUGGUGAACUGGGAAAAUACGAUCUAUAUUGCGAAGUAUUACAAAUUAUUUGUCGAUGCUUAGCUACUCAAAUGUAUGGGGAAUAAUUUUUUUUUUUCUCAGCACCACAAGGUGUGUAGCAUCAUGGGUUGCAUACUGUCUUCCGAAUCUGCGCCAGAGGACGGAGGGUCGCCUCCAGGGCUCAAUGCGGAUGGUGAGAUUUACGUAUAUGUUCCAGGCCUCCGAACACCAAAGUAUGUGGAUCUGAAAGAGCACUUACAGGAUGCCAUUUCUGCGGACCUGGCAUCUCGAUUGCAGUAUUUGCGAUCCAAUGUUUUAAUUACGUCUGGGAAGAACACGCCGGCCUCCAAAUCAAGGAGGAGAAAAACUAGUCAAGAUUCUCCUACUGCAGCUGAUUUAGAGAAGGCAUUAGUAAAUUAUCUUCCAGCUUUACUUGGCUUCGUUGCAGGAGGUGAAAAGUGGACUUCAGGGCUUGUUUUCGAAUGGACCAACGUGGAAGAUGAAAAAAAGGAAACGGCUCUUGGAAGUGUUUAUUAUGAGUUGCUGUCAGUACUUCAUCUGCUGGGGAUGCUGGCUCUUCAAGAAGCGAAUGUUCGCCUAACAUCGAGACCGCCUGCGGAGGGCUAUGCCCCCAAAGUCACUGAAGAGAGCAAGAGGAACGCUAUUGAGAUCCUGCUAAAAGCUGCCUCAUAUUUUGACUGUGCAUUGCGUGCUGUGUUGCCUAACACACCAGAAGAUAUCAAGGCCAAGUUACCAGCUGAUUUGUCAGAACCAAUGCUUAUAGCGCUGGAACACCAAGCUCUGGGCCAUGGUGUGGAGUUGCAGCUGAGUUUUGCAGUUGAUAAUAUAAAAGCAUCUCUGGCAGUGAAACGAAGAUUAGCUUGUGAGCACGUGCAGGUUUGGAAGGAGGCAAAUGAGAGGAUCGAACACGUACCAUUGAUGGAUGGGUGGAGGAAAAAACUUUUCUUGUUCUUGAAGUGGAAGCUGACUGAAGCCAAGGCUGGUGCUUAUUAUUUCCAUGGACUUAUUUUGAACGAAGGUUAUGAGGAAAAUACACAUGCACAAGCUUUAAUGUGGCUAAAAGCAGCACACAAAUACUUGAAAGACAGUCAGAGAAUAAGACUCGAAUUCAGCACUGCAGAGCCCACAACCAAAGUACCUGAGGUUUGGGGACCCAUAAAGUAUUUUUUGGAGAGAAUACCUAGAGAAGCAGUGAACAAAUCCCGAGUCUUCAGAGAAAAUUACCGAGAAGAAAAAUUACCUAUCGUUGUACCCAAGUUGCCAGAGUUCCCGCUGGCAUUAAUAGCUGAGCCCUACCAUCUACCUCCAGUUGACCCAGCAUGGGAAAAAGAAUCUGGAUAUGAAGGAAUUCCCACGCUCACCCCAGACAUUGCCAGUUUUCUUGCAAAGAAGGAUCCCAACCCCAAACCCGCAGCAAUGUCCGACUUGAGAAGAGCCUGGCCCAUGUCACCGCCAUUGUUAGUCACCCCUGAGAUGGUGCGAGCUAGAUAACCCAAGUGUACAUUACAUUCAGGCCUUUAGUUUCAUGCAUUAGUCUCUCCUUACGCCAAUGGUGCAAGUCUUUUCAGUUCGGCUCUAAUUUUUUCAGUCGGUGAUCUUUGCACCUUUGUUUCUGUGGAAACAAAAUCAAUGAACUCUUAGUUUCAAUGGACAGGGCCGUUCUGUAGGUGACGUUAAAAAACAGCAGCUAGAUAAAGUAGGGAGUUAGAAUGGGUAGUAAUCCCAGUUUCGUGGUAGUAUUUUAGGCACAUAGAAGUGAGACAAAAGGACUCUUUUAUGAAGGUAGCAUUGAAUGCUCAUCCACCUCUUGUAAUCAGUUGCUGCAAGAAUCAGAGGUGGGAUUCAAGUAGCGUUUAACAUGUAAAUAUUACAGAACGUUUCUAGUUAUCCAACUCAUUUCUUUACUUC